GAUUUUCUCCUGAAAGAUAGGAAAUUUUUAUUGCAUUUUACCUUGAAUAGUCAUCACUCGAAGAGAAUUUCAUUUCAUAUCAUUCUGUCAUUUUCUGAUUUCUUUGUCCGGUAAAUUUCGAAUUUCGAAACGCUCGAAUGUCAUGGAAUUAAGCCGUGAAGAGAUUUCUGAUGAAGGUGUGGAGUUGAAGUCUCCUUUUCCUGUCAUUCCUCCAGUCAAAGAUUCCAAGUGGAACGAACUACCGAAAUCUGCUGAUGCAGAGAGUCAGCCUUUAAAACCUCCUGUUCUCUAUCCAGACAUCGGUGAACCCCACCCUUAUCCAUACUUUAUCGGCCCUGAUCUCAUCUUCAUUAAACCCAAGCAAGCAAAAAAGAAAGAGAUUACUCCACCGCCACCUCCCAUAGUUCCAGCUACAAUUCCGCCUCCACUUCCAAUUGAGAGUCCCACGUAA